AAAAAAAUUAGAAAACAAAAGUCUUCACUCAAAUUGGAAAUUUCAACUGGAAACAUAAAAGAAGUAAACUUAAACCAAAAUGUCCGAUCAAUUUCCGUCAAAUUCCGACCGAGUCCACCAAAAUUCCUUAUCAAAUUCCGUCUCUACAAAAUCAGACAUUUCCCAAUCUUGAUUGCCGAAACCGGAAUUUAGGGCGAGAUCUCGGCCAUGUAUACAUUGUGGAGGACAUAACUAAAAAGUUUAACCGGUUUCAGAGAACCGACAAGCCAACUGAAUUUUGUACGAAGCACAUGUUUUCCAACGGUGCUUACUUUUGCCACCACUGCUGAAAGAGCAGUGCAUUGUAAACUGAAGGACUAAAAAAUGGUAAACGCAUGCGAGGAAGAGAAGAAAAUUAGGGUUCUAUGUCGUAAACUAAUCAUCACAAAGAAAGAACCAAUACUUCAAUGGUUAAUUGGAUCCCCGUUUUUCCCACCUUUCACAAUCAUCUCCACCUUCAGAUGUCUCCAUACUUCAAACCCUAACGAUCCUUACUCUCCCGAUCUCAUCAGAGAAUCAGAUGAUCUGAAAACGUUAUUGCUAAAAGGAUUUGAAGUUAUCGGAGCGUUAAUUGUUACCAUUGGGGAUAACAAUUGGGAAGUAAAUUCAUCUAAAGCUAUUGAAAUUGUUAGAAAAUUUAGAAAGUAUUUCUCGAGUACUGGUGAUCGUCAAAGGAAUUUUGAUAUUAUUGGAGGUUCAACUGAUUUAACAACUGGUGAAACUAAGUUUUAUGCUGCGAAAUCUGAAAAUGUUACCAAGAUUGAAGCAUGUGAUGUUGUUUACGAAGAGAAUCCCGGGAAGUAUAUAUGGGAUAAAGGUUGUUUAUUAAAGUGUGAGUUGGGUAUCAAGUUGCCUAUUUAUGUUCCUGUUAACAAGCCUUCAGAUGCCAAAGAGAUGUUUACGUCGGCAAUUGACAAAGCUGCUGCAAAGUUGAGAGACCGAAACGUUGUUUAUAUGAUUGAAGGGACACAAGAAACCACUGAACCAAUAUCUCAGUCUAUCAUUGUUCGAGGUGUAGACCUGGAUUUCGAGACAGAUUUGCCAGCUGUCCAGCAUUCAGAGAACGCGAUUGAGGAAUCUGAUUCAAAGGCUUUACCUUGUUCAUAUUUCUGUUUGAGAAAUAAACCUAUUUUACUGCUGUCUGCUACUGAGAGUGCAGAUAUAGUCCAGAUAAGUGUCCUGCUUAAUCGAUCUGAGAAUUCGCAUAACUCCGCUGCUCCCAUAGCCGAGUAUUUUCCAGCUCCAGAACAAGUAGAAGUUUUAGUUGUUGCUUUUAAUAUUGAAGUACUGUGUUAUGCUGCAAAGAGCUUACCUGUGGCUUAUGCAAUUUCUAAGUUGAUUAUGCCCGCAUUAGUUGACCAGUUGACUGCUAUGAAGAAGAUUCUAAUGCCCAACCUCUUAACUCAGUAUCCCGAGCUAUGUCCAUAUCACUUCUAUCCUCCUGGAAUGUUACAUCCCAUAACAGCUAUCUAUGAGCUAAACUAUGGGGAGACUGAGAUGAAACAAGUUGAAAUUAGAAGGGCUUUACACUCGAGGCUAGGAUUGCCCUUGGAUCGCCCUCUCCUAAGAAUUGUUAAUGCCCUAGAUGUUUCCACUGGUAACAUAACUGCGGGAAGCAAUUCCACAAAGAAUGUUUCUUACCUGCUCAAGGAUGUGCACACUGGAGUUCCAAGAAGUGGAGUUUCCGGAGGUCUCAUCUCUACGGUUGAGGGUUCCUAUGAAUAUUAUCAUUAUCUUCAAGAUGGCUUUGAUGACAAUGGCUGGGGAUGUGCUUACCGAUCUCUGCAAACUAUCAUUUCGUGGUUUAAACUCCAAAACUACUCCUCCACUAAAGUGCCUUCUCACAGGGAAAUUCAACAGGCCCUCGUAGAGAUUGGAGAUAAAGAUCCUUCUUUUAUUAGUUCACGUGAAUGGAUUGGAGCCAUUGAACUAAGCUUUGUUCUGGACAAGCUUCUUGGUGUCGGCUGCAAAAUCAUGAACGUGAGAUCUGGAGCAGAGCUCCCUGAGAAAUGCCGAGAGCUGGCCUUGCAUUUCGAGACACAAGGAACCCCUGUAAUGAUUGGUGGUGGUGUUCUUGCAUAUACACUGUUAGGAGUUGAUUAUAAUGACGCAAGUGGAGAUUGCGCAUUCCUCAUAUUGGAUCCUCACUAUACUGGUGGUGAAGAUCUAAAGAAGAUUGUGAACAGUGGGUGGUGUGGGUGGAAAAAGUCAGUUGAUAGCAAGGGCAAAAGUUUCUUUUUGCAUGAUAAGUUCUAUAAUCUCUUACUUCCUCAAAGACCAAACAUGGUCUGAAGAUCAAAACCCAGUUGAAACAUGGAUAAAAUGAUCAAUUUUCGUAUUUUUUCCCCUUUUUCUUGACUACACUAGCAACAGAGAUACAACAGCUGAAUGUUGUGUAUUGAGGAAUUCUGUGUUUUAGUUUCCAAUUCCAGUACAAAAGUUUCUUGGAUAGGCACGUGAAAUGUGUUUUUAUUGGGUUGGGUGGUGGCACUGUUUCA